UCAAAUUACGUAGAUUUAAGCAACAAGUCGCAAGAUCCAGAAGAAUUUUUGUCAGAAUCAGAAUUAUAUGAAUCGGGUAUCGAGCUUGAUAUUUCUGAAGAUAAACCAAAAAAUUUUAAGAAACGCAAGCAUAUAGAUGAAGAUGUUUAUCAAAAUUUUGAACAGAAAAACAAAGAUAAUCCAGCAUUUAAACGAAUAAAAG